AAUGUUUAAGAUCAGAAGCGUCCUUCUCAUUUUCGCUUUUCGUCAUGCCGCUUAAAGAUGUUUUCGAAGAUUUCAAAAAAAGCAAGGCCACUAUACAAGAAAUACACCUCGAUACAAUCCGUUGUUUUAAUCAACUCGUUGAAAAGCUGUCUGGUGCGCGUGAUGCAGAAUUAAAAGUGGAGUUAACUCAAGCGACGUCUUCACUGGCGACCGGAGCUGGAUCAGGAGAUGCAGCGGAAGAAACAGCGUUAAUCGGCGAUAUUCAGUUUUGUUCAUCUCCAACGGCGGGACACUGCGACAUCCAAUGCGACUUCGGCGAACCUCUGUCUGAGCUAUUGUAUACCACCGGGGAAAGAGAGGAGGUUAAGUCGCUUUUCACCGAGGAGCCAGCUCUGAUUUUUGUUGGUCAGACGAACUGCGGUAAGAGCUCCAUCAUCAAUGAGCUUCUGGGAUGCAAGGUAAUUCCUACCUCGGAGCAACCCAGCACCGCAAGGAUUGUACGUCUCCACUACGCCAAGGAACCGUUAUGCCGUCUUACCGACAAGGAUGGAAAAAUAUUAGAGGUAUAGUGCAUAUAUAAACACAACCGAACACACUCAACAUUUAUCAAGUUUUCUAUUUCUUCUCUUUACACAAUAAAUUACUGUAAAAUAUGUUAACCCUCGGACGUACACGCAAAUUCAUACCCCCACCACAAGGGUUGGGGGGGUAAUGGAACCACUUCCCGGAGUUUUUGAUAUGUUGCAGUAUUUCGAAACAAUUUUACCUUAAGUUGAAAGCCUUCCGUCUUCUUAAGGUCUCGGUAAAGGAAAACGAGGUGCCCACAGAAAAAAAUUCUAGUCGCGCGAGUAUUUUCGCUACAAAGGCAAGUUAUAUAUCAAAUUAAAGCUAAAAGACUAAAUUACCUUAUAAAAGAUUUUAUUUCAUCGAAUUUCAAAAGGCGCUUAAGUUUUUUGCUUUCGAUCUCAGAGGCAUCGAGUUUACUGCUGAAGGUCCAGCGGGUAGUACUUGGUGUAAGACUGCCCAAAAUGUCCCGGGCCACCGCCCACCACUGUUAGUGCUGUGGUAGCUGUGCUCUAGUAGACGCAAUGAUACUAGUACCUAUAGUAGCUGUAGUAUCUGUAGUACGUGUAGUAUCUGUAGUAGCUGUAGUAGGUGUAGUAUCUGUAGUACGUGUAGUAGCUGUAGUAACUGUAGUACCUGUAGUGUCUGUAGUAGGUGUAGUAGCUGUAGUAUCUGUAGUACGUGUAGUAUCUGAAAGUUUCAAAGCGAUAGCUUAAAACCUGUCCCGACUGGAGGUCGGAGAAUUUUGAUUUUUGCGUCUAAAAUAGAGUGAGAGAAAAUCAGCCAUAAAGAUUUAGCGCGAGGUCCACGCUUGGCUGGUUAGCUCAGAAAAGGCUCAUUUUAGAAGCGUUAAAAAGCACUUUCUGAUUUUCUUUUUCUGCGAAAAUAAAAUUUAGGACCCACUCAUGCCAAAAAUCCAAAAAAAACAAAAUCGAGCAAUAUACUAAAAUUUUCAUUUACCGAGACCUUAACAAGAUGAGGUAUAUUUUAUGGGUGGUGGCGCUGCUGGAGGCCUGUGACGUCAUCAAUAAUGGUCGCCAUCUUGGCCGACACCUUGGACUUAACCAAGAAUUAGAAAUCAGGCUAAAACAAACAACAACAAGAACAGUUUAUUCAAGAAUCAAAUAAUUUACGACUAUGUUACCCACAAUUAGCGGGGCUUUUCUAGGUGGGCAACAAAACAAUAAUUGUCUCCUAUAAAGUCGGCAAAAGAACGGUAAGUAAAGAGAAAGCAAAAACCUCCAGAAAUGAAAUGAAAUGAAUUUUUUUUAGCUUUAAAUGAAAACUAACACAUAAAUAAGCGCUUUACAUGAUUUUAGCCACAAUAUUUACUUUUAUUGUUGAAAGAAGUAAAAAAAAACAUGUAUUUUCACGCAAAAAUGGCUUGACCACCUGCUACUUAUGACAUCAUAUCUCGUAACCAGAGCAACUGACCAUCACUGAACUUAUCUCAAAAUGUGCGCGAGAGAUGAAAAAACAGCUACUGAAAACGUCAGGUGCUGAUGUUUUAUCCUUUAGGAAAACACUCAGAAAAACUUUAAGCGGGGGUGGCAUCCACCGCCCCCAACCCCUUGUACGUCCGAGGGUUAAAUUUUAGUACUGAGAUUUCUUAUGUUACCUGGUGAGUAAUCCCCCCGCCACUCCAGGUACCUCUCGGGAAAAGUCCAGCCCUUCGGAUCAGGGGAUUGGGAAUUAUUCUGAGAGGUCCUAUCCCGAACAGCUCCCGAGGUAAGGGGCGAGGCAAAUCAAAAAUGGCUUUUCGUCUCGCUUGAGAAAGCAGCCGACAUUUCGUGACACCACAACUGUUUUUUUUCUUUUUUUUUUUCAAUUAUUUUUCGGGGAAAACCAGUGGUGGCGUCGAGAAAUGUCGGCUGUUUUCUUAGGCAAUUUCUUUUCAUUUUUGUGAAAUACGUCAUAAUGUCGCUGGACCGUGUGGAGAAGACUCCCUAGCCUGUUCCAGACUGCAAGAUAGUGGGGGAAAUGGAUCAAAAAAAAAAGUGCGAAAAACCGCGUAAGGACUUGGUGGGAGAGAGUGAGUAGAGCCUGUAAGCAAUGUUUUAAAUACCGCAUUCCGGUAUACCAGCUCCUAGUAUAUCCUCUAAUUGGUUUAUUUCUGACAGUUUAUUUGAACGCUUAUUUGUAGCGGAGCUUUUAAAGCAGCAUCGUUUUUGAGCGAAGCACCUUAACCGGAAGUGAGCUUUUUUCUCUUUUUUAAUAUGCCUUGACGCCAACAAAUUUGUAUGGCCAUAAGGUGUCUUCACUCUUAUAGAGACGAUUUGCCCAAAAGUUUAUUUUAAAUCACAGCUCAAGAGUGCAACAAGUCCACUUCCGGUUGACGUGCUUCGCUCAAAAACAUGGCCGCUUAAAACUCCCUAUUCACUUCGUUUCGCCCGCGUUGAAUAAAAAAACAUCGCGAGCAGAUCAGCCGCGCAUGGUUUCAGUGAAUCAAAUUCUGGAUAAUUUUCUCUUUUGAUUUCCCAAAUAUUGAUGCGCUUAUUUGAGCAAAAGCUGGGCUGCUUAAUUUGACCAGGAGAAAAGACGUUUUCGCGAUGCUACCCACCGGUUUCGGCAAGAGCUUAAUUUUUCAGUUAUUUCCUCGUUUUGUAGGAAUCUCAUCAAAAAUCGUUGUUUCAGCUUUGUUUUCGAUUAUGAGAGAUCAGGUCGAGCAGUUGAAACGAGCAGGGCUCUCGGCUAAAACUAUAGGAAUCUUGACUAUUCAUAUGGUUAGGGAUGGACCUUUAGAAAAGUGAUAUGGGGGGGGGGGGUAAGGCAGGAAAUUAAAAUCCCCAGGAAAUUAUUAAUAAAAAUAUAUAUUCCUACGGAUUUUGGCCAAAAAAAAUAUGCCCAAAGAGGAUCUGUGCAGGUAAGACUAUUACAGAUCAACUAUGAAGUGAAUGACAAGUCCAGAUUGAAAAUAGAACGUGACUUUUUUUUUUUAAAUCUCAACAUGACUCAUGAGUGAAUACUGUAAAGGACUACCUUGAUUGAUACAGUUGUAUGCCAGACACUGAAAUUGAAGAGUUCGACAUUUUUGUAUUUUCACAAAUCACAAAGCAUUACUGACCAAACAACUAGGAAGUUUUUGGAAUAAAAGUUAUCCUGUGUAUUAAUACAUAAUUAUUCACAAACCUCUUUGCAGUGAAGAUAUGUGCUUUCCACAACAACAAUAGGCAAGUUUCGUAUUCCCCGACGGCCCUGGGAAGGGCACGAUUGCGAGGCUAAUGCGGGUCAACUUCUUUGCAAAAACAAAAACAAACAUCUUUAGGUAAUUUGCUGCUGAGUCGCUGGAAAACGAUAGAAAUCUUAAAAAUAGUAAGAUUUCAACGCUUAAACUCUACCAGUAAGCCAAAGGGAUGUCUAUUGCAAACAACAAAAUUGUGGGAAAAGCUGAUCGUACUUAACAGAAAAAAGAAAAAAGCGACGAAGCCAAAAGAAGAAGUAAACUUUUUAAGCUUGAACAGGGAGCGAAAACCACACAUACCUUAUUAUAGGAAGUUAACGCUCCAUGAAAUAAACGCGAAUCGUUAAAAUUCGCGUUAAUUUUGUUGGGCGCUAAUUUCCGCGACGUUAAUUAAGUGCAGCCUUAAUUUCCGCGCUUUUAAUUUCCAGUGUUUUAACCCCAAUUUUGGAACCUGUCCAGACAUUCUUGAAACCUAAAAAAAAACUACAAGCUUUCUUUUUUUCCAUUUACCCUUUAGUUUUCAUCUUUCACAAAAGCUAAGGCGAAGUGUUUAUCUUCAUCGUUGUCGCUGUCAGAAGUGAUGUCAAUAUCUUCUCCUUUGAUUUCGCGUAAUUAAUCGCGUUAAUUUCCUUUAUUAUGAAAUUCUACUUCCUCUUUCGCGUUAAUUUUCUUUAUUCGAAAGUCGUUUUCCAUUAAAUUCGCGUUAAUUCAAGUCGCGGUAAUUUCCAAUACUUUAAUUUCAUGGAGCGUUAAUUUCCUGUAAUAAGGUAUAUCUUUGAAUUUAUGAAAAAUAUUCUUUAUAGAAAAAUCUAAAGCUAUCUAAAUAGGUAUAUUUUUAAGUGAAAUAUUGAAAAAGGAACGACUUUAAUCGUUUCUAGAAGAUUUAACGAAUGCCCCACCCCCUGGCAAAGGUUUUCUGACAAAUUCCCGACAGCCGGGACCGACAAGAUUACAAAUGCCCGAGAGGGUUGCGAGGAAGGGGGGGGGGGAAUGGAUGGGCACAGUUGGAAUUGACUGAGACUUAAUUGUUGCAGUUGCUGUAGUUGACCUGUUGUAGUUGCAUGUUGUGGUUGCUCUAGUUGUUGUAGUUGCUCGUGAGGUGCUUAAAAUAAUAUAACGUGGAGGUAGUGACUUCAUGAUAUUUUUUACCUUUUUGAGUGUUAGAAAACAUAUCCGUAAGAAACAAAAUAUGCUCCAACACAACAGCAGUUCAAAGAAGCUAGCAGGGAUGACAAAAACUCUCAAAGCACAGCCACACACUCUUUUUUAAUAAAAAAGAAGAACGUCCAUUUUUCGAGUUGAGCUUGGACUAUUCUUAUUUUCUGGGCAGUUUCAGCCUGGAAAUGUCCAUAUGCAUGUACUAUUGACCAUAAACAAUAUGAAUAUGUUGAAAGAACUUUUUACUUACGUUGUGAUUCCAUGUAGGACAUUAGUAUGUGUAAUCAAAUGGUGACGAGUGAAAUUAGGGAAUAAUUUCACGCGCGUUUUGUCCAAAUCCUUAUAAUUUCCCGAGCCUUUAGGCGAGGGAAAUUAUUAGGAUUUGGACAAAACGCAAGUGAAAUUAUUCCCUAAUUUCACGAGUAUACCAUUUGAUUACCUAUUAAUAUCAUGGGUGACGAAUUACGUUAGCAAUCUUGGAUUUUUGACGUGUUUAUCCUGGAUCGUAUCGAUCGAGAACUCCUGCACUCUCUCGAACGUUUAGAGCUUAAAUUUGGCUUAAGUUCAGCGUUUUUCGACAAAAUACCUGUUAGAAUCCUUCUUGAUGUGCUCUUUCGUGUGUUCAGGUUUUCUAAAGCGUCUUUUUGUGCCCUGACAUCUUCAUUCAUGACAUUUUAAAACUUCGUCGCCAUCUUGACACUGAGACGUACGGAAGGUUGCCAUGGCAAUUUUGUAAUUUCACAUGUGAAAUUACAAAUUAACGCUGAAAUUUCGCGCCAAAAUUAAAGGGACUGGUUCACUAUAAUGCGCCUGUGUGAGUUCUGACAGUAGCUGAUUAUUUUUAAACCAAUCGGAAGCGAGUUAGAUGCACGCAAGUAAAUUAACAAAAUUCAAAUUCAUUGUUCGCGACGCGAGAGUAUUUCCGGGCAUUUGGUUCGAUUUUAUAUAUCCCCGUAAUUCAAGUUUAUUCUUUGCUACUCCUCAGAUACAUGUUGCAGCCGAUAAGAAUAAGAUUUACAGCCCUGUCCUGCUUUGAAACAAACAUUUACCAACGUGUAUUUUUACGAGGUCGUAUCCACGCUAACAAAGCAGUCACCGGUCGGCAAACAAAAUUUGUAAACAAACAUUUUGUUACUGUUCUCUCAAAUCGCCUUAUAUAAACCCAGAAAUACCUACAAAUAGCGCCUGACCGCCUGAGCAUAAAUUUCAAUUGCUUGUCAGCAAAUGAACAAAUUAAUUCGUGUUGCAUCGGGUCAGUGUUCCGCAAAACAAAUGUUAUCGAGUAGAACACAUAAAGAAACUAGAUUAUAAACAGAAUAUUCAGGCAAUAAUAUAUUUUAAAAACAUAAAUUCUUAAACAUAUACGAUCGUAAAGCAAAGAUACAGGGAACAUUUCAAGUAUACCAGAUCGGUGAAGAUCGCGCGGCUUGUUGCGGUAUAACUACAGGUCGCAGUCAUAAAUCAAAUCAAAGUUGAACGAACUCAUGCCUUUAACCACUUUCCAAGUGUCGUGUAUUCUUUUCGUAAGCCACACACUACUCCUAGAACCAUACCAGAUCGAUCGGCUAAGCUUCUCUAUCUCCAAAGACUCUUGAGAACGUCCUAUUGCUGGACGGCCACGACGCUCUUCUGAACCUCCAUGAUCAAAACAUUAUUUUUUGCGUCUUCUUAAAACGUACCCAGUCAAAUAACACAACCGCACGUUAAUCACCACUACCGAAGUAUAACUAGUUCAGCCAAAGCGACGGAUGUCGGAAUAAAACGAAGGAUUUUCAAUGAUUGUACCAGUAAUGGCGAUUUCGAAUUUAGUGUCGACCCGACAAAUUUAUUCUGAAGAGACAAACGGCGCGCAUGCGCAUAACAGUGAUCGCGCCCUUUAAGGAGCAAUUCGUCACCUAUGAUAUUAUGCAUUAAAUUCAGAGAUCUUCAGACUUUCUGGGUUUAGAAAAGUAAAGGCAGUGAAAAAUAAGUUGGUCCUCUCUGAGCCUCGGGUGUGCUGUUAGCAUGUUCUUAAUAUUUUGGAAAAUUUCAGGCUGAACUUUCUUAUAGGUUCUUAUUGCUGCGGAGCGACCGAAGGGAGCGAGCAGCAACAUAAUCAGAAUUUUAAGAAAAUAUACAAGGGGCGACGAAUUCUCGAAUUCAUCACUUUUUACCACAAUGCAUUGCAUUUAACCACACUUUUUACCACAAUGCAUUGCAUUUAACCAGAGUGCAUUGCGCCACGAACAACUCAAUUAAAAACACGGGGAAGUUCGCAUCGUUCGCUGCCCAGACUCAGAGUUUUCUUUGUAGCAAAUUUUCUACAGCACGGUUCGAGGUCUUACCAAAUUUAAGACACACAGGAGUCUUUCAGAUGAGUACGAUGGUUAACUUGGGGAGUGGAUUUCAAUUCAAGAGCCUGUGACUCGUCCAGGUGUUAAACCUGACGAGAAGAUGAGUAUUUGCUCUUCGACUCCGCAACACGGGGGAUAUACAAAUUCCAGCUUGCUAGAAGGUGAUGUGAAAGUGAGAAAAUGUCAUGCCAUGCUAUUCUUAAGAACCUGUAUGAGCCGAAAAUGGAUGUGAUUUUGACCAUUCGCUUCAAAAUAGCAGCGGAAAUCGAGAUAACAAAACAUAUGUUUUGUGUCCUACGUUGCAGACGAGGAGGUGUAUCGGUGUUUUGAAAAGCAUAAUUAUGUUCUUUCAUUCAUUCAUUGCCAUGGAAUAUGCGUUUACAUUGUUUUUUUGCUGUUAAUCGCUCGAUUAAUGCGGCUGGCGAUCAUCUUGCCGGCGGAAGUUUCACGGAAAAGGAAUUACAUUAAAGACUUUUCCCAACAUGACGUAAUCAGUCUCAGUGGUGUAGUGGUUAGGUGUAGUCGCGUCGAGCCGAUGGUGCCGGGUUCGGGUCCUACCUAACUCUUUUUUUCCUUCUUUCUUUUUUUUCUGUUUAUUGUGUUGUUGUUUUCUAUAAAUAUAUAGCUAAAUAACUGUUACUUAAUAAAGUGCAAUAAACAGCAUGAAAAGUAUCAUGUUUCCAGAGAAAAGAUAGUACACCCUAUAUUAAAUAUAUGGAUAAACAAUCUGAAUUUCUAUCAUUUCCUACAAUUUACAGUGGGAAAACCAGAGUUGAUAACCACUUGAUCAUUUUCUAAACAACGUUCCCACGAGUUCUUUAUACUGACUGAUAGUAAUUAUUCUAGUACUUUCCAACAUGUAAAUAGGACAUUCAAUGUCAUUUUCGAUUCUUUUACGUCUCACUGCCUAACUAAUGCCAGUAUCAACAGAAUGUGCCGCAGCAUUACUAUCUUUUAGAUACCCUAGUAAAACCUUUAUACCGGUAAUAUGUUGGAACUGAAGCGAAUCAACACUGAGUCUAGCCUACAAACCAAUGAACUACUUUUCCGUGAUAGAUAACACAGAUAGAGGCAUCCAAGUAGCCUGCGUACAGGCGUUUCCUUUUUCUUUUGAUAGAGAUUGAAUCAAAUCAAAUCAUAUCACUGGUUUAUUGUCCCUUUUGCAGUCGGAAGACUGAAUUGUACGAUACCUUACAAGCUGUGAUAUAUAUAUACUAAUACGCUACAUUUAUUGACAAGAUUAAUAUUUAACACUAACAAAAUUCUAGAAACGUUCUGUCCUUGUGGCCACGGGCCUACUAAAACUCCCUGAUCUUAGACACACACUGGUAGAUGUAGGUACCACUCUGUUGUGUAUUAGUGGGUAUAACGGGUUACCUGGCCGAACCUUACCUAUAAAUUUAAUACACGAGACUGCCCGACGGUCAGAAAGAGUGGAUAAUGCAGCUUUGUCAAGUGCUGUUUCAUACGAAAUACCAGGCCAAAUGAUGGAAAGGGCCCUUUCUUGCACGUUCUCGAGAUAGUGGGCAAGAUACUUAGGCAAGCCAGCAAAGACAGCGGAGCCAGCAAAGAAAGCGGAGACCGUUUAAUGUUAUUGAUCAAACUGUCACCAAAUUUUGAAAACAGUCAAAGCAGGUCAAGCGUUCCCGUCGCUAACGAGCGAAUAAAUUCAUUAAUGGAAAAAUGAUUUCGUUUGUUGACUCAAUAAUCCAUUCAUAAAAUGAACAAUCCAAUAUUCAUAUUCAUCCUCUAUUCAAUAAUCGAAUGUUGAUUCGAUUAUUAUUUUUUCAAAACCUACACUUUCCACAAGUCGACCUCAGAAUUUUCGUUUUUGACUCUUCUUUUUUUCUAAGAGUCGAGUGCAGGCGAGUUCUGAAGUUUAAACCCAAACAAACUGUUACAUGUACGCCAUUUUGCUGCCAGUAAUCAGUGUAACAGACCUGACCGCUUAGAAAACACGAUGGUGAAACUGAGGUCAGUGUAUGUGCCGUGAUUGGUGGAUUUCGAACCUGGCCUUUGUCAGUUUCUUUGCGUUUGCGGUCUGUCUAUUCUAGCUGUUAUUUUGAUUAAAGGCAUUGAAAAACGCUACCACGGCGGCGGUAGGAAAAGGGAAGCAGAUACGAUUGAUCACAACAGACAAGAAUAAAGAACAGGUAGAUUUUGUUCAUAAACCAAAUCAAAAUUUAAUUAUUGAAUCCAGGUCCAAUUUGACUGUUGGAUUAUAUUAUUCAUGUUAUGAAUGGAUUAUUGAAUCGACAAACCGAAUCAUUUUUCCAUUCAUGAAUAGAGGAGUUAGAGCUCAUAGUUGCAUCAUGUGUAAUCAAGGCAAGAUGCGGGAAAUUAGAAGAUUUGUAUUAGAAUUCAAAGCCAGCUUACGAAGAAGACCGUGAUCAGUUUUUCAGAAAACCUUGAUUUUUUCAUACAUUUUCUGUAAUUCGACAAUGUCAAAAUUGCAGAAAAUAUAUGGAAAUAUUGAGGUUUUCUAAAAACUGAUCACGGACUUCUUUGCACUCUAGAUUUAGUGUAUUAUUUCUUUGAACUCAUAAGUUACUCUUUUCAAAAAGAAAGCAUCAAAUAUAUGAAUUCAGGAAGAAUUAGCUGUCUUUGAAUUCUAAUACAAAUCUUUGAAUUUCCCGCCAUCUUGCCCUGAUCACCCAUGAUGCAACUAUGAGCAUGAACUCCUCUAUUUAUUAGUCCACUAGCGACAGGAACGCUUGACAUGCUUCGACUGUAAAAAAUCUGGUUCUGCUUUUGAUAUUAUUAGAUCUACUUCACUGCAAGCAUUUACGAUAUUGAAGUGAUUAACUGAUACUACAUGAAAAUGAAAUAAUUUCAGUUUAUUUUGUGAUGCAGAAACAAUUUCAGUUUCAGGUCGGUUUGCCCAGUAUAAUGCCCCUAAAUGGGACCUGAUUCACUCAGUUUUCAAACCUUAAUCACUAAACUUCAGAAUCACUCGGUGUUCUGCAAAAUACCCCUGAUGACCCUUUCCUGCAUCAAAAUCAUUGGAUUGCAUUGCAUGCAAGUUUCUCACUCACUGCAAAUCCUCAGUUAAAUCGCCCUAAGGAAUGAGAUCCCAGACCCCUCCCUACCUUCUGACAAAAUGUGAAAAUUGUCGUAACAUAAUCAAAGUACCUCUUCAUGUGCAUCAAACUUGGUACAAUUCAUACAAUAUCACUGUAUCAAGUACUGUUCGGGGUGGGGGAGGAGAGGUACUCCCUAUAAUGGCCUUUACAGAGAGGCUCCAUCCAAAAGGGGUACCCUUUUCAGGCUUCAGGUAUAUGAAAGGGUAGAGACAUCUGUCAUUUCGGUCUAAUAAAAGGACCAAACGAAGAUAACAGACGCAUUUUAUGGAUGUCGAAGAGACAAGAAAACUUCCUGUUUUAGCCAUGAAUUUACAGCAGUUAAAAGGGUAUGUAGUUUUCUAAAUUAGGUAUUGUGAAAGAUGUACCAUUUGUGAGUAGAAGGUAUACAAAAGGGGUACCGUACCAGUUCCCAGUUGGGAGGGUUACUCCUGGGAAUUCUUGGUGGGGGUAUGCCGCCCGGUUCUCCAAAUCCUGACUCUAUUUCAAACCAAGAAAAGUCAUUUUCACAACCAUUUUUAGACCUGGCCUAUAAGAAAUUAUGUCAUCAUUACUUGAAUUAGAACACCAACAAAAAGGAUUUCUUAAAAUUCCGUAAGCGACCACUCAGUCUUUGCAUUUUGGGUGGCCGCUUACGGGAGGUGCGACUGUAUAUGGCUUUUAUACAUAUCCAUGACUGUGUAAAAGUUCAUUGAGUACCCCUUUCACCCCGGGGUACUGUCAAUUAAUUUGAUACUGUGUUUCACUAAAUGAAUUAAGCUCCUUGCCCCUUUUUAACAAACCCCUAUAAAAUGUGUUUAAGGAAAACAGGCCCGGCCCCAGAAGGGGAAAUGAAAUCAAGGAAAACGGGUAGCAAGAUCUGUUGUGUUAUGUUACAUAAAGCAUUGAGUAGGUGUAAUGUGGCCACUAUACACAGACAGUUGUAUUUACUGAAAGAGUUUUGGCACUCUAAUCUUUUGCACCCACCACUUGUCUGAGACCUAAGACUCUUUAUUUUCUAAACUACAGGCAGCUUUCUUCAAGGCUUGUCUAACCACCGUCUUAUAAGCUGCCAACCUGUGUAAAGUAAUGUUGAUUAAAGAGAAGCGGAGCCCCCCUCUUCAACAACAUUAAAGGAAUCCCCCUGGGAAAAAAACACGCAGAGGGCUAAACAGAGGAAUAUACUUCGCAUAUUUUAACAGCUAGCCUUUAGAAAGUACCUUCCAACCUAAGUACUUCCCCAUGUAUGCUUUGCAACACUUAAUACUGUAGCUAUUGUGGUUCACUUUAUCCUAAGUUUUAAUUUUAUUCCCUUUGUUUUGAACUCAUAAUCAUAAAUUUCAUAUUACCAUACCCCCCAAAAAAGGGGAAACAAAUUAAACCACGGUUAAAAUAAAACUACAGCAUAGCCAUUUGGUUGAAAUAACUGACUCUUUAAGAUUUAGGUAUGAUUGAUAUUCCUGCCACAUUACCUGUUAAUAUGUUUAAAGAUGCCCUUUAUUGAGGCAAUAACUUGAUCCAUAUUACAAACACGUAUCUUUUUUAAUAAUGCAAUUUCCAUUUACUUGUCAUCACAGGUUUGCCAUUGUGAUAUUAUUAGACUUAUAUUUGUAUCUCAUCACCAUCGUGUUUUAAUUUGGGCGUGAAAAAACGCUAGGAAGGAGUUCCACUACCUAAAUAAAACCGUAUUGUCGUACAAACACGAAGAAGUUCUCGCCCUUUUUUCAAGGGCCUAAGUUUUUUAAUUCACUUGACAACAAGAUCAUCAACUCUCAAUCCCUCUCCUCUUUUAAGAAAAAACUGAAGAUUAAAUUAUUGAGUAAGUAUGAAAACAGUUUAUAAAUCUUUCCAUCUUCGACUUUUCGCCUUCUUCUCUUCAAUUGAUGUGAAACAGCUCUAGCUCAUAGUUCGAGGAGGCCUAACCUCUCAUAAGCUCCUAUAGUUUCUGUUAGGUCUCCUCGCCACUUCUUUUUUUUUUCUUCUUCUUCUUUUCCUAUAUUUUUUGUAAUUAGUGUGGCAAAUAAAAUAAAAUAAAUAAAUGUUUUUACUGUUGAGGCAAUACACCUGGCUGCUUCGAUCUCGUUAUCGAUCAGCAUGUAUUUAGGCCAAAACCCUACGAAACGGGUCAAGCAAAAUUAGUUCAUUGAUUUGUCGGCUAGGCUUAGUAUAGAUUCGCUUGAGUUCCAAAUAUGGCUGUGCUUUGAGAGACUAGCUUCUUUCAACUGCUGUUGUGCAGCGUUGUGUUGGAGCAUAGUUUGUUUGCUACGGAUGUGUUUAGUAAAACGCACAAAGGUAAAGAAUGUAAUGAAGUUAUUGCCUCCACGUUAAUUUAAACACCUCAUUCCAGCAGGUAGUUAGAACAAAAUAACGGUGUUAAGUGUUGUUAAUGUUGACUCCUCUCUGUUAACCUGAGAUCAGGCUCUAUUUUCGUUUCACUUUGUAAAUAACAUUCCGGCGGGAAAUGCGGAACGAAAAGAGAGCCUGAUACAAACCUUCUACAAAAAAAAAAAAAAUAGCUCAUAUGUCAGUGGUCUAAGCGUAUGUAUCUUUGUGGCUUUGUCUGUUUGGAUGUGUGUUGCAGGGGCCAAUAAGGUUGAAGGUACCAUGAGGCACUAUGCUUGGAACCAAUGAGAUUUUGGUAUCUAAACAUGACAUUGCUGCGCUAAAGGUUAAACAUGGGCACUUUGAGAUCGCCAUUUUGGUUCUUCACAAGUUUGUCGUCUUUUAUUACGGCUUAAGUAUAACAUUUAAAUAUCUUCAUGAUUCAAACGCUGAGUACAGUGAUGCAGCUGUUUAAGGGUUCAUAUUUUAGUGUGGCUGCUGGUUCAAGACAUUUAUGAUCUAAUUCGGCUAUCGCAAACGGCACAACGUACGUGAAUUAUGUUUCACCUGCUUCAAAGUGAAGUAUAAAAAAUCAUUUUUUAAAUGAAACUUUAAAGAUUGGUAUUUAGAUAUUGACUUUAACUUGGAAGUAUGCGGCGUAAUUGUGUUUUUAGAAGUUUGAACAAGAGCUGAUUUUUUUAAAGCAAACAUGCUUUAUUCUCUCUCGUACAAAGUUCAACAAUCCUUUAAAUUCACGUUCCGGGAACUUAGGUGCCACCAUAUCUGAUACAUGUUUGCUGUCAUAAAAAAACAUGUUUAAUUUACCCAGUGGUUAAGUAAAGAUGCGUAACUAUUGCGUUAGAAAAUAGACUUGGAAGUAGCCAGUUGACGAAAUAAUUAGAGAUUGUUUCAUCGAGUGGAAUAAUAUAAGAUGAGUAGAAAUCAGUAUUUCGGCAAUUUGACGAUUCUGUCGGAAGUAAAGUAAUGAUGUUAGGGUAUCGUUCUUAACGUUGAAUGAUGCAUAAUUUUAUUGCAAAUGUUAGAAAAGGAGGUGAUUUGUUAAAAUCGUUUGAGGAAAGUAAUCUCGUAAACAACAUGCGUUCUUUCACGUACAAAUUGUAAAAGGGGCAAGUCCACUCCAACAUCUUCACGUGCAAAUUGUGUGCAUGAGUUAUUUUUGUAAUCCUGUUUAGAUUACAGUGUGAUAACUCGAAUUCCCUCACCUACGAACCACGAGAGGGGGGCAAAGUCCAAGACUUUCCCGUGCCAGCUGUGUCACUGUACAUCUCAUGCAUAUUGGGUUUUGACAGCAAUAAUGGUAACUUGAACGUAUGAAGACCUGUUUCGUUUUGUAACCAAUGCCUUAAGUAAAGACUCUUGUCUUUUAAGAAGCAAUAGCUUUUGAAACAUGAGGAAUUAACCAGUCAGAGUUGAAGACUGUUUCGUUGAAUAGAAUCGCACGUGAAAACCUUAUGAUGACACAACCACCUACCACAUUUUCUUAAGAAACUCCGAAGAAACCUUCGAGUUUUUCUUCUAAUCAACGUUUGGUAAGUUGAUAUAUUUAUGGUACUGUAACAAUUUGCUUAACUUGCACCAGAUGUAUCAAGGAAAGACAGAGGAAAGUGAAUAUAUGGCAUGAGAAUCGAUUCAGCUGAGCGUUUCGCGUUUUCAUUCAUUUACAGCAACACCCAAUUUCGCACCAAAAAACAGUCUAUAUUUAGGGCGAAAAAGGUAGAUUCGUAAUUCUUGGUACAAUUACACUGAAGCAUUCAAAAUAGCUCAUGCACGUUAAACGUGCCUAUGUUUUAGACGCGGGAAAAAUGCAGAUUCGCUGACUUAGAAAAUAGCUUUUAUUGUUUUAUCUUUUUUUCUCAAACUAAAAAUAAAACAGUCAACACGGUCACCUUUAACUUCUUGCGAGAUUGAAGGAGAUCUUGAAGGUUUUUUUUCUGUUGCGUAGAAGGUAAAAAGUUUUCGAAAAGACGGCGACACGAUGUUCUCGUUUUAAUAUUUUGGCUAGGCGGCGUCGAUCAGUUUUAAAAUACUGAAAUUUCUAUUUUUCUGGUGCCUUUUCUGUUGCCUAUUUCCCUUGACAAUUUUCCCCGAUUUUUUCAGUACACAAAUCUUUAAAAAUCUUGGGGAAAUAUAUCGCGAACUUUUUCAAAGGAUGUAAAAUUAUCCCAAAACAGACCAAACGAGUUCUCAAGUGCAUUUAGUCCCGUAAGUGCAGGCACUUGCAAUUUGCGAAUUUUCUAGAAACAACCGUCUAAGAAAAUAUUUUUUUCAUACAUCCAGGUAAAUAUUAUCUGCCUCUUUGGAAAGACGAAACGAAAUUUACUUAAACUAGUUUUAACUGCAUGCUCAACUGACGUAUAAGCAAAAUGAAGCGUCGCUUAGAAUGCAUUUCUUGUGCAAAUUAUCAAAGGAUACGACAGUUAUUUGGACUAGCGAGGUCGAGGAAAAGCUAAGAAGCUAGCAGAUAUCGCUAUAUAUCGAUUAUUUUGAUCGAAUGUGUGUGAGCUUUGGUGUUGCUAUAAUCUGUUUGUGUAAACCGUUUUGAUAUCUUGUGUCCGUGAUCGUAUGAUUUUGUUAAUUUGUUUUGCGGGCCGUGUUGCGGGAUCGCCAUCUAUUUCACGGGACCAGCAAGGUCAUCAAAACUUAAAUCUUUUUUUUUUCUCUAAAAUAGGCAAGGUAUAGUCUCCAUAAUAGGAGGUUCCGUUCAAAGACCACACAUGUUUAUAUUUCAUCUAUUCUUUUGCUAAUUUAACGGGCCUAACUUCAUAUCUUCCUUUCGAGUGUGGGCCUCUGUUGAUCUCCUAAUUCUCCACCAAACUUAUUCAGUAAAGCUAGUUCGAUCGAUUAUGUACAUCGAGUCGGCCUGUUGAACCCGAAAUAAUGCGAAAUCGCUUUGAAAUACGCGCUUAAGCUAAUUUUCCUCAAAUGUAUAUUUGAAUUCAUGAUAAAUAAAGUUCCACCAGCUUCAAACAGCGUCUAUGGCAGAGAAAUACUGUUUUGAUAUGACAGAAUUAAUUUUUCAAAUUAUGUGUGUCACCGUGGUGCAGUGGUCAAGGAGUUGCUUGAACGUGCAGAUAAACCGGGUUCGACUCCCGGCGACGCUGUUUUCUGUUUCUUUGUACCUUUUUUUUCUCUGCUGAGUCUUUUUAACACUACUUUUGCUGACCCUGCUGGUCAUACACUUGGAUCAGUAUAUAUUUAAGCUUAAGUGUAGAGUUUUAUUUUGGAAAAGGAAUUUCAAAAGCUCUUGAUCUGCAUACUGGCCAAGCUUACGACCAGAAAAAAACCAUAAGCUUUCAAGACAUGUCCCUCCUCUGAAACAGCUGAAAUUUUUUCAAUGUCAGUUGACAUUAUGACAAACAUUAACACACAGUACACCACAAGCUGUUAGUACUAAUUUACACCCAACACCCACCAGUGACCCACUGGCGAAAGUUAAACUUGCCUUUUGUACGUCGUCUUAAUCAUCAAUAUUAUUACCCUAAAAUAUCCACUGGGUUUGCCCCCCAAAAGUAAUUAAACGAACCCCUUUAUUGGUUUUCGGGAUAUAAUUACAGAAUUACAGGUUUAUGCCCAAUACAGUAUUAAAAUGCGGUAAAGUAACAAGAUUCAAUGCUCACAGUCUCUCACAAUUACCUGUCAUUUAGCUUCGUCUUUCAACGCUACAGCUAAGCGAACUUUGAGAGGAAUGAUAUGGGGUUCCACUAGCUCUGAAGAGCUGAAAAUACGCACAAUGUAAAGUAUAGUACAUCCUUUGAUAAACCUCCUAUUGCUGUGUCUAAACUUCUCAAUGUUGGUGUGCACUGGUCCUCAAAAGUGUUAUCAGUCGGUAUGAUUGCCCGUAAAAUUUGCUCAACGAUAGAAAGAAAUCUUUAAAAUUCAUUACACCACUAGACAUUGCAUUCCAAAAAAGUACCUAAGUCUAGUAUUCUAUGACAAUAGAAACCUUAAAAUCUCCAAAUCCAAGAAAUCGAAACAGUAUUUCCAUGAUAAAAUCGAAAUUUUCAUCCGUCUCUUCGAUGGACACUUUGCUCGCCAUUUUGAAAGUUACUGUCGCGAGACGUGACGUCAUACUGGCAGGCGGACUGUACCACAGAUUUCCUUGGAGACACCUUCCCCCCCCUCCCCCCCUGGUUAUGACUAAAAAAGUGUUUUCAAUGUAUUUGAGGAAACCGUCGUUGGGUGCCCUUGUCUAGAAUGCUACGCGGAAAAGGCAACUAGUAGUUGCCUUUUCCGCGUAGCAUUACACGAUUUUAUAUUUAGGGCCUGUUUACAUGGAGGUGUGGGACCCCAGGAAGGUGAGGUAACCCGCUCUGUUGGGUAACCCGCCUGUCCACAUAAUCUCUCAUUUUAAUUUGAUCACGUUUACAUGAUAGGUGGGGUGACCCGCCGCAUGUUACCUCACCUAUCUGGGGUCCCCCACCUCCAUGUAAACAGGCCCUUAGUAUGGGCAAACUAUAAAUACUAUCGAGAGCUUCGCUUUUAGCCCUCCUGACUAAAUCUAUGUAUUAGCGCCGCUUAGAAUGCAUUUUUAGAGAUCUAAACUACGCUGGACAGCCUUUAAAGUGUUUUCAAUGCAUUUAGGGGGAAAUCGUCGUUGUGUGCCCCUGAGUUUUGAAAAUAAUAAUUAUAAAAAAAGAUAUCGCGCACAUAAAUUUUACUUUACCAUAUCUUCAGCUGUAUUUUCUAUUCUCGAUUCUAUUCAGUUGCAUAGCCGAGGCCAGAUUUUUCCUUUUUCCUAGGAGGAAAAUCCUCUCCCUCCCUCACCAUUUUGGACAACAUUUUGUGGAGUAAGACGAAGUUUUGGAAAGAAUUGUUUAUUUAAUUAAUCCAAACAAAUAGGUCCAGUAGAGUCAAGAACCCAUGCAAGCGGCUGGAUAACCUGAGAUCAGACGAAUUUUUUUUUUUUUUGCUUCUUUGGCUUGAGAGGGAAAAAAAUUAACGCCUGAUACAUUUAUUUAACAAGCAGUCAACCGUCUCCUAAUUUACAUAAUCUAACGUGUACUUGACCUGUCAUGUUAUUAGCCAAUAAGCGUUUGCCAUUCGGGAAUCAAAUUUUGGCGCGAAUAAUGUCUCUUUUGAAAUCAAUUUCAGGGAAAAGAAAAUUUUUAAGUGCGUCCAUGUUCAGAUGGUGCUUCCUCAAAAAAAAAUUUUUAAUAUGUUGUUUUUGUGAUGAAAUACUCCUAGCUGGAGCUGCCGUACCUUUAUUUAACAGCUACAAAUAAUAAAGAAUUUACUGGUUAAAGCUCGUUGACUUCGUUCUUUGCCGAAAGCAGUGAAAAAAAAAAUUAGGCUGAAGCACCAUAUUUCACAAACUGAAAGGUGUUGCUAAAGCGAAGAUCGCUCAGAAUAAUUCGCAGCAUGAUUUCUGAAGGAGGAAUUACAGUCAAACCAGGUCAAGAUUCCAUUCAUGAAUUGAUUAUAUAUUUGAAAAGUGAACCCGUUUGUCGCUUCUGUAACUUGUAGCCGGUAUCAAAUUGCAUUCAAAUAAUCCGUGAAGUUUUGACUGAAACUGUUUUAGUAUACGAUGAGAUGGAAAAUAUUUCAAUGGAUGAAACUUCUGUUUAGGCAUUCUUCAAAUUUAAGAAAACUGAGCAGCCGGCAGAAAUUUCAUAACGAACACGCGUGUGUAUUCAGUGCUCAUUACGCAAGCAAAAAUGCAGACUGAAAUCAACAACAACUAACGGAUGGCGGCAUUUUGGCCAGUCGGAACAGCGCAAAUCAUCCAUAUUGUUUCCUACCCAAUCAGAAAAAAGUCCAGAUUCUGGCUUUUUUACAAGUGAUCCGUCAAAGAAGUGUAUCAUGCCCUCUUCCCGUGAGAGACGUAAAGGGCUAAUAGGGAGAGGGCAUGAUCUCAGGCUAGCGGCUGGACGAACAAUGUGACAGCAGCUGUGACAGCGAACGCAACGAACGCGAACUUGAAAACUAGGGCCACCCUGUUGAAAACUUACGAACGGUCGCGCGAUCGCCUUUUGCUUUCUGGUCAAAACUAACGCAGCGGACCCUCGCUCAGUGUUCACCUGAUUGACCUAGAAGCAAUAGUACCAUCCCUCCCAUAGCAAGUGUUGCAUUGUUGCGCGGACGCGGUCGCUAAGCUUGAAUAUCUACGGCGCGUAUUAAACCUGGUAGUUUGCGGUCAUACAGAAGCGUAAAGGUCAACAGUGUUUCUUGAUGAGCGAGCGAUUAUUGUGCAGUUGCGAUGGGUUUUGUGGAGCCAGCGAGCAAGAAGCAGGAGCACACGUUACCUGCAGAUUAGCCGAUGGCAAUUUGGAGCGGAUUCGUCGAUUAUUCUCGAAUUUAUAGCGCUUCGCGUGGAGAUGGUCCGUUUGUUUUGUAGCCAGCCUUUAAUUCUUCUUUAGUGGAUAGUACCUACAAUUGCAAAACUCAACAAAAUGCCACUUUAGCCGGCCAGGAAUGACAAGGAUACGUUCAGUUAAAGGUGUCACAGCUUUGUUUUGUUAUAUUUUGACUUUUGGACUAUUUUAGUUCAUGAUCAUGGGAGUUUCGACGACUCAUCGCAUUAAUUUGUCCAUGUGAACAUUAAUAUAUGGACACACACUACGUCUGGGCCGCCUGUGAAACGAUUUUACGAAAUCACCUCGGUUUUACAAUAUCUGCAAUUAAAUUAUGCUUAACUAUGCUUAAUUCUGCUUAAAUUAUGCCUAGCAUUUAUUUGAUUCCAAGAAAAUCAUCAAACUGACGAAAUAUAUUUCUACUAAUAUCAUGUUAUUCCACUUAAUAAAACGAUGUGUAAUUAUUUUGUCAACUAGGUUCUUCCCGUUUAAUUCCCUGACGUUACCGUUUCUACUUAAAUUACGCAUCUUUACUGAAUAAAAUACGUUUCAAUAACUAUAAUGACUCUUAAGCAGCAAGUGUGUUUCAUGUUGUUCACCUAAUUCAUGUUUUUUUUUUUCGCUUGUACGAAAAAUGUCUGUUGAACUUUGUAAGCGAGAGAAUAAAGUUUGUUUACAGGAUUAACAAUACUCGCCUUGCCUUUCAAACUUGUAAAACCACAAUUUAUAGGCUGCAUACUCCAGAAUUAAAGUCCAGGUCUAAAUUUCAAUUAUAGUUUCAUUGGAGGAACUUUGAAUUAUAUAUGUUCUUUAAUUCAUACUCUACCUUGAAGCAUGUGAAACAGAACUCAUAAAUUAUAAAAUACGUGCGUUGCACCGUUCGCGAUAGCCGAAUUAGGUCAGAAAUGUCUUGAAGCAGCACCUACCCUAAAAUAUGGACCGUUAAACAACUCCAUCACUGUACUCAGCGUUUGAAUCAUAAAGAUAUGUCAAUGUUAUGCUUCUAAACACCUUUAGCCGUAAUAAAAGACGAAAAGAAUCAAGAUGGCGGUCUCAAAGUGACCUUGUUUGACCUUAAGCCGAGUGAAUGUCACGUUAGAUGCCAAAAACUCAUUGGUUCCUACGCAUUAACUCAUAGUAACUUUAACCUUAUUGGCUCCUGCUACAGAAAUCCGAACACACAAAGCCACAGAGAUACAUACGCUCAAACCACUGACAUAUGAGCUAUUUUUUUCAAAUUAGCCCAAUAAGCAAUUUCAACUUCCGUUGACUCUAACAGCCAAUCAGAUUCUGUGGCGUUGUUCUAAUUGCCAUUCAGCGUUGCGGCCAAAAUCUGGCCGCAGUGAGAGUUUUUAUCAGGCCCAGUUUUAGCGUGAUGACAUGAGAGAGAAUGUAUGAGAACUGCUAAAAUUGGGCCUGAUCUCAGCUUACCUCUCUGUCAGUUUAUCAGCUAUUUUGGAUUUUUGAGGAGGUUACCGCUGACUACUCGUUUCCAGACUUCCGUUCCCCGUUCCCCGCUCCCCCUUCCCGUUUUAGUGACAUCCUCCUCGUUCGCUUUUUUCGCUCAUCUACACUGACCGAGAGCCUGGCAAAGGCGAAAGACUUCCAAGACUGUUUAUUUCCAGGUAGCAUUGCAGACUGGUUGGUAGCAUUGCAGACUGAUGAGAAGAGUAACCUCUCAACUGAAUCUUUUAUUGUAAAUUGUAAAACUAAUUUGCGUUUGAUUAUUGUCAGAAAAAAAAAUGAGAUUUUAUAUUCGAGGAUGGGGGAGGGGUGGGGAGACCUUCUAUAUGUAAGCUAUACACCCAGGUAUGUUUCUCAGGAUAGAGAAUUGUUUUUGAGGUACUCAGUCCUUAGUCCUCAAAGUACAGGACCUAAACUAAACAAAAUAUGACCCAGAAAGGAAUUAUACUGAUGAAAAGGGCUCCUACUUCCCCUUUUCCCAUCUUCAUGUAGCCUCUUUUAGUACAGUCGCGGUCACUUUAGGGGAAUGGCUAAGUGACCGCCUAAUACAAGUUGCAAGAAAUACAGUUCAAAGAAUUCGAUCUCCAGUGCUGGUCAGAUCAGACGUUUGACUUCAAAUGGAAACAUUCAUUUCCGGCGUCGUUAAAAUGUUGCGAAAAUAAACAAAGAAAUCAAUUGGUGUACCUCGUGCGUUAAAUUAUUUGAAACUGUAUGAACAAGUAAUUGACACCGUGUGACCGUUUAAUACAGGUCAAGGCAAUAGAAAAAGUCCGUUUGGGACUUCGCAAAUGGUGACCGCGACCGCUUAAUGGAGGUGUUCGCUUAAUAGAGGUCAAAAUUACAGUACAUAAAGGGAAGUAGUUUUCGGGACUUUGAAAACUGACCACUUAAUAGAGGGUGACCGCUUAAUACGGUGCCACUUAAUAUAUGUUCGACUGUACUUCGUCACGCGUUCCUCCCCCCAAGGAACGCGACGAAGGAGAUAGAAACGCGUGAAGAACGAAGGAACGCAAAUGAUUGAAACAUAGGGGAGAGGAACUGGUGACGAAGGUAGGAGCGCCUGGCAAAGGGGAGGGAAACGCGUGGCGAAGCCCAAAGAACUUCUUCAGUGGUGCGAGGAUACUCUUCGUAAAGAUUGUUUUAUCUUUGAGUUUUUAUUUUCCAGAACAUAGAACUGAAAGGCACGAACAAAAUCCCACGAAAGAUAAUCGAGCUGAGCCAGAAAGACCGGGAGGACUCGACCAAGGUAGAGGCUAUCGUCGAGACCGGGCUGAACAUCGAGUUCUUACAGUCUGGUGUCAGCGUCAUAGACUCCCCCGGAAGGAACGAAAAUGAAGCUCUGGAUAGUCUUGUCAAAAGGCAACUGAAAAACCCUCUUGUGUUUGUGAUUUACGUGGUCGAUGGACAUAACUUGUUUACGAAGCAGGUAGGAAAUCAUGACGUUAUAGAGGAAUUUGUGAGAUGUGAUUGAUACGCAUGUCGUUAGCCUGGACCACAGUCUAAACUUCUGGGCCGGGUUGUUCAAAGGUGGGUUAAGAUAACCCACGGUUAGUGCGAAAUUUGAAUUCAGAUUUGAAAGCUUAAAAAGUAAAUUCAGUUUUAUUCUUUCUGUCAACAGGUUAAUGAUUGGAUACUCUUAACAAUAACAGAGAAAACUAUCCCAGAAAAUGUUUUGGAACAAAGAGGAAGAAAGCCGGGUUAAAUUUAACCCUGGGUUAAGCGCUAAUCGGCCUUCGAACAACUGGGCCUUGGAAAACAGCACCGAAAUCCUCGUUCUGGGCCCCAAUCUGCGUACCAGGAUUUGAGUAUACGCUAUGAUUGGCCUGUUAAAAAAGCCAUUGUAAAUUUGCCAAUCAGGUUGAAGGGAAAUCCGAGACGCAUUUCCGUUAUUUGUAUUGUCUACUGGGGCCCAGAACAGGGAUAUCGGCGUUGCCGCGCAGACGUUACAAAAUGUCGUUUUUACGGUGCUCACUGAUCUUAUUUCUACAAUUGAAAGGCAAUUUCUUUAAAUGGAACAAAAAGCUGAAACCAGAUUGAGAUACCAAUCUGAACGAUCAUCGUUCAGACUGCAAUCCAAGGUUGGUUUAGUCCUUAUAGAGCGAUAAAUGAAGUUUUAGAUAGCAAAAUCUGGAUUUAGAUUGGUAAAGGAACGCAACUUUUAACUUACUUUCUUUAUUUGCUUAUUCACUCACUCACUCAUUCACUUACUUAGCUAAUAAGUUACUUGCUCGGGUACUUCCUUUAUUACUCAUUUCAUUGCUAAGGCGUCAUGUUUCAUUUGCAGGACAGGGAAGUUUUAAGCAACGUAAUAUCUAGCAGACCUGAUUUGCAAAUUGUCUUUGUGGUGAGUAAGCUUGAGCCUGAAGAUCAUGCGGAGUCUUCAGACGAGGACGAAGAGGCAGGCCAGGAUGCUUCUGCAAGCCUUUUCGAACGAGAAGAAAAAGCACAGGAAACGAAAAAAGCACGGGUGUACCAGCGCCUUGUUCAGCACGGUUAUUUCCCGAUAAGGUGUAUUGAUGAAAACGACCGAUUCCACGGCCUCUCUGCCUGGAGACUUCAGGGAUACCAUGAGAUGAAGAAGAACAACCCAAACGCGCCAACCGGUGAGUUUAAAGGAUACAUCGACGCCUUCGAAAGGUUUCAAAACAGCUUGAAGACGUUUGCGGAGGAGUCGUUCCGUGAAAGAGUUGAGAAGGUAUGCCAAGUUCUUAUCCGUGUCCUGUCAAGGUGUUUGGACUUUUUCAUCAAGAAGGCCAAUUUGCUGAAAAAGGGACAGACGUUGAUGAUGAAGACCCUAGACACUCUCCUUAGAGAGGAACAGGAGGUGCACAAUAACAUCACAGGUAGUCUGGAGAAGAGAUCUUUUGAAAUUAAGGAGUUGUUAUCUGACGUUUUCAAUGACGCUCGAGAGAAAAUUCUUCAGGAAGCAGAAAAAUUUGAGUACGCUCUGACGGAAUACCAAAUUCCACGUGAUGGUUUUGUCUCUGAGAAAGCCGCCGUUGCACACUGUAAAGACCAGCUACAAAGAAUGGUGGUCAACAAGCUACAAGGAGAAAUUAAAGAAAAGUUAAACAUGAUGUUUUGCUCAAGAGACGAGUUCGUGGCCCAAAUUAAAGAACGCAUUGAACGAAUUGAAGAAGAGAUAGCCUCAGGAGAAGAAUUCCCAUCAGCAGCUCUAGCCUUAGGUAGAAGUCUUCUGUCUUCGUAUGAAGCUGAGAUCUCCUUUGCAAAACGAGGAAGAGUGGCGUCUAGUUUGAUUAAAUCACUUGCCACAUGGAUUUAUGACGUCGUGUGUUCACCAAUUGAGACCAUCAUCGACACCAUAAAGGGCAACGUCCACGUAGGAUCCGCUGAAUGGAAGAAGAACGUUGCUGAAGGAGUUCUCGAGAAAGUGGAUCCAACCAAGAUGUCUGAGGAAAUCAUCAAGAGCUUAAACCAAUACUUUACGAUGUGCCAUGAUGAGUUUGUUGCAGAAGUCAAAAAAAUUCAAGGCCUGUUUCAGCGGGGAGAGACCAUCAAAGACGAACAGAGGGAAAAGCUUCUCGAAUUUGCUCCAAAUCUUGCCCGCUUAGAGAUGCUGGCAUAUGGUGUUAUGGAGACGUUCAAGUUUGGUUCACCCAGUAUUGGUGACCUCAUUGGCCAUGGUGCUCAAGGAAGUGUGUACGCUUGCAAGAACAUAAAAACACCUGAGGGAAAGCCUUGUGUAGUGAAGGUGGUAAAAGUUGCAAGAGAAGAAGUACUCAAGGAUUUGACCCUGGAAUUGCACAACACCAGGUAAGACAUUUUUGAUAUUUUUUUAUAGAAUAUCACCAGGAAGGACAUAAGAUUUUCCUGUACACAUUGUGUGCGUCCAAAAGGCGCGGACCUCAUUACGUCUCUCACCGAUCUUUACUCUCUAUUCUUCGGUUGGACGUCACUUAGGCUGUCCUUUAAAUUUUUUUUGAGAUGCUUUCUUCUUGCAGGAAACUGGUAUCAGUUUUGUGCCUCGCUUUCAACUGAAGUUCUCCCAGAACCUUACCCUGUCAGACGCACUCCUAGUUUCUAACUACUUGUAGUUUUUAUUCUUGACUUGAAUUGACAAUUUGAAUCCAUAGUGAGUUCCUUUUAAACGCAGUUAAUAGGCAAGAUCUCAGACGCCCACAAUUUGGCAAAGAGGCUACUUUAUCUAUAUAUUUUAAAAUUUGAGAAUGACAAUGGCAAUGUUACUAUUUAAAGAGUUCUUCGUAGCUCAGUGGUUAAAGCAUCUGACCGGUGAACGAAAGGUCAUAGGUUCAAUUCCUUUUGGCUGCUCAGGUUUUUUCUUUUUCCCGUGCUCUUGACAUGUAGCCUGCGUCGCAGACGUAACUUAAUAACCUCGGUUAGUAACAUCGGCAAAGCAGUGCCGAUAGUCUUGUUCUGGGCCCCAACGUCACGUACUAAACGUAUUACCGGAAGUGCGUUUUGAGUUUCCUUUCAACUUGAUUGGCAAAUUGACAAUGGCUUUUUUAAAAGGCCAAUCAACAACAGCAACAAGAUUAUUCAGUAUUACCAUUUCUAUACAUGGUGUUACCGAUUGAAAUACAAUAAUAAACAGAUAGAGUUAAGGAAAUACCAAUAUGAUUGAAUGGUAUAAUUUGUUGCUAUUAUUAUUAUCUCGCAGUAUAGAACUUUGGAAGCUGUACACAUUACGAGUAGUAUAGGGCGCAUAACGUAAACUACACCACUUGAUGAGCUAUACCAAUUAGAAGUAAAAAAAGUUCGGUACGAAACCUAAUUCAAUCCUAAUAUACAUAAUGAUAUGAAUCUCUCUACUUAAAAAGCCAAUUUAGAAUAUUAUUAAAUUCUUAUACUCUUUAAAACAUACGCAAAGACAUGAUGAUAUAAUAUCUCUACUAGAAGCCUAUUUAAAAAAUUAUUCAGGUUUUGUACUCUCAUUAUCUCUUAUAAACCUACACGAGGCCAUCAUAAUGUGGUUAUCUCUACUAAAAGCCUAUUUAGAAUAAUAUCAAACUCUUAUACUCUAUAAAAUCUACGUAAAAACAUCAGUAAAAUACAGGUUUUGCGACACUUGUGUUUCUGGAUUUCUGGAGAAAAAAACUAAAAUCUGGUGUCCUUAGCGCUCUAACUAAGUAUUUAUCUUAAAUGUUCUAGCAAUGUUCGAAGUGUUUGAGGUGACCUACUUCGGCAUCUGCUCGAGUACGCUCCGUGCUCUCGCUCCUAGUAGCUUCCUCACCGACUUGUCUAGGUGUUUAGAGUAACCACCCGGUACGUCAAUUAUUACGUUGUACUGUUCAAGCCUGUAACCAUUGUAUCUCUGCCUCAGCUCCCACAUCAUGGGCCCAUACUUGAGUGUCUUUUCCUCAUCUUUCAUGGCGAUACUCUCAAUCCAUGGGCAGCUCAUUUCAAUUGUGCAGACUUCUUUCCUCUCGUGGCUGACAAGUAGCGCGUCGAUCCGAUUUGCUCUAACUUCGUUGUGCUUUGCAUAGAUGGGAAUAUCCCAGAACGGCUCACUCGUGGUGUUCUGGUAGGCUGGUUUUGGCAUCACCGGUGAGUAUCAUUGUGGAACCUCUUCUAUUAACAAAUGCGCCCACAGCAGCUCAAAAAACAGAAUCUUCAAAGCUUCAUUAUGCCUGUAUAGGUGACUUAGUUUGUGCCAGGGAGGAAAAUCCAGCCAGUAAAUGUGCAAAGCUCUCAGCUACCUUCCCACAUAACCUGCAUAGGACUUCGCCGUCGGUGGAGGUUUGCGUCUUCUCCUUUAGAGCUUCGUAGGUAACAACUGCUCAUACAGUUGAUAGAUGCCCGCGAUGGUAUCUGUAGGGCAUUUAGCCCAACCUUUUAACCAAACCAUGCAAAGUUUUGCUUAGGCUCUCAUUCUGAUACGGAAUAACUUUCCUUGCCACUUUUUGUCUUUAGCGAUCUUCAAGAACUGCAUCUCUUGAGAUUUCUUCAACAGAUUCCCAGCUCUUGCUGUAGUCACCACCUUUCCUUCCGUUGUAACACACACGAGAUUUAGGAUAUCAAACUGAAGUGUGAUGUUGAGUUCUUCAGCGUACUUAGCUGCUUCCUUUACAAGCGAGUGGUGGCCUGAUCCCAUGGUGUGUUCUUCAAAUUCUCUAACUACUUCCACAGUCUGGACCGAAUUCUGAUACAGUUUCAGUAGCGAUUUGAUUUUAGUGAUAUUGUACUCGUGUUCGACUGAUCGCAGGCCUCUACCCCCUUUCUCCCUCGGUAGAUAUAACAAAGACGUUAGGCUAGCUGGGUGCUUCCCACCGUUCUCAACUAUGAUCUUCCGAGCUGCUCUGUCCACAUCUCAUAACUCUGAUAGAGUCCAAUGCUGUGUCCACAUUAGGUACCGCAGCACUGGGAGUGCAUACUGAUUAGUUGCCUGUACACGGUUACAAUCAGACAGGGGGCUGAACCAUAUAAUAGAUAUCCUGCGUAGAUACUCUUUGGCCGCACACGCUAGGGCCAGCCGUUCAUCCUGUUGAACGUUCUCUAGCACCCCCAGGAAUUUGUAGUGUUUUCGUUCCCCAAGAGCCGUGAUGGUAGUUGUCUCGUCCAUCCUCAUACCACACUCGUCUAGCACUUGGGCUCCCCUCUUCACGUGUACCACUGAGCACUUUUUCUGAUUCCAGUGGAGGCCUAUAUCCUGCAUCGCUCCUCUAGUUUCCUUCAGCACUCGGUUCAGCUUGCUAUCGGAGGCAGCAAAAACCUUCAGGUCGUCGAUAUACAGGAGGUCGGUGACUUUGACUCCUAUAGGCUUGGAUAACCGGUAUCUCUCCGUUGCCUGCAGGCGCGCACGCUACUGGGCUCAGACACAGUGUAAACAAUCUAGGACACAAAUCGUCCCCCCAUGAACCUUAUUUUUCUGAAAGUCUUUCGCCCUUGUUGUAGCUACUACUCUAGUAUUCCAGCUCGCACACAAUUUGCGUAUUACCUCGCUCAGCCAGAUGGGAAGCCUGUGUACGUCAGUCAUUGCGCAUAGCCAAUCAUGGUCGACGGAGUCGUAGGCUUUGCGCACGUCAAUCCAUGUCAUGCUUAAAUCCCGUUUGCCUCUUUGGCAAUCCAGCAUUACUGCUGUAUCGAUUAGCGAGUUAUCCAUCGUACGAAAACACCCUGAUUUCGCUCCUCUUUGCUGGAAUUCCAUCAGGCCAUAAUGUUCAAGGUGUUGGUCCAUAGGUGCCAGGAGGCAAGAUGUAAACCACUUUUACAUGUUAUUCAGACAAGUAAUAGCUCUUUGAUUUUCACUCAGGAACUCACCUUCUUUCGGAAUGAGGGAGGUUUUCCCUUCAGAAAACCACUCGGGGUAAUCUUCGUUAUUAUUAUUAUUAUUAUUAUCAUUGUUCUUAGUAUUAUUAUGUUCGUCUUUUAAACGCUUGAAAAACGAAAUUGGUAGUUAGGCUGCUCACAUGCGAAUCAGUAUUGUUGAGAAGAAAACAGACUUUAUCAUGGUUGUUGUAAUUUGUAAAUAAUGCAUUUCGUCAGAAACCCUGAUUUCGUUCGUUAAUUUUGGUAAUAGAUCAUGGCGCAUACUCAAAUCCUGGUACACAUGUGAGGGCCCAGAACAGGGAUUGCACCGCUGUUUCGCAGACGGACUUAACCAGAGUUUAGUUUUGUCUGUGGCGCAAACUAGUGACAUGUUGAUCACAUCAUCUCUCAUUUCUUCACCGACCUUAAAAUUUACCAUCUUUCUGUAUUUAUCAGAAAGAAAGUGUAAAUCUGAUUGUUCACUGGGUUUGCUGCUGAUCAUCAUGAUCUUUCAGUAGUGUGCCAAGUGAGGUGCUUCUUAGCAAACAGAUCAAGGACUUCUUCCAGAUAAAUGGCUGUUAGAUAGUGCAUGCAAGUCAUAUUUGCCUACUUACAUGACCAAAACCCACCGCGGCCACAUACUGUGUUUUCAUUUUUCCCAAAUCCGUCUUAAGAUGUGUGCCACACUGGUACUUACCAUUUUAGCGCAUAAUCUUCUUGAUUGUGCUCGUUCGAGUUUCGAUGAGAGUUAGUUCAACUGAUUUGAAAUUACUUUCCCGAUUACUCCCUGAAUUGUACUCCAGUCAGUCCUAUUACCGUUACUAAUCACAUGUACAGUAAAAGUCCCCAUUGUAAUGUACCUUAAUUAAGUGACUAUUACAAACUCGCACGUUCUUCCACCUUAAUCCACGCAGUUACAUCAUUUAUAUUAUAGAUAUCCUCGGACUUUGUCUACGUCAUUGUGAAAUCUCAUGUCACGAAAGCUAUUUUUGCGCUACAAAUGUCAGUUUCGACAGCCUCUCUUCUUGUUCUCUUCAUUUUCUCGCGAAAUAGGUUAAAAACAAGAACGAAUGGUUAAAACCUUUUUAACUGCCGCAAAAUUGAACGAUCUCGCUAUUACAGGCAUAGCAUCGCUAAUUCACUUUGUUUUAGAUCGUUUGUUAACAAAAAAGUGAACCUCCUGAACCUAUGAGAUGGGGAAGGGGGGCUGGGAGUCUCCCUACGGAACCGCUUCCCACUUUUUUCAGCUCAAGAUAUGAAAUGCAAAUGUUACAACUUCUUAUCCUACUCCUUCUACUUAAUCACGACAAAAGUUUCCUUAGUGGCGAAAAUUUGAUCAAAUGCGAUGCACUGCUUGACAUAGAACGAAUGGUCGGGCCACAAUCGUUCCUCGCCAUCUCUCUGUCACUGAGCAAUUUUUUUAGUCCAUGCGAUUUAUCAGUUAGGAAAACGUAAGAUUUGCCUGAUUUUAAAAUUAGUUAGAGCUCACCAAGAUGAUGACGUACUUUUUAGACACUCGUGUCUUGUAAUACCUCUAAUUUAUUUGCAGGUCUUUGCGACAUCCGAACAUUCUGCCCAUAAUUUGCAGCAUCGUGGAAGUCAACACUUCUUCUGUAUCGAUUGUCUUGGAACGAAUGAAGUGUGAUCUCCAAGAAGGUCUGCCCACCAUCUCGUCUUUGAGGGAAAGACUUCAAAUUGCCCUUGACGUCGCCCAAGCCUUACAGUAUCUGCAUGCAGCGGAGAUGAUCCAUCGAGAUGUCAAAGUGCAGAAUGUUUUGGUGAGUGGGCCAAUAAAAUGUCAAAAAAAAGCAGAUACAGUAAAAUUAUAUACCUCCCGGUUUUUGAGAUUUCACUGUAAUGACCGAAUCGACGUGGUUAAUAAGCUAUUUAGUAUAUGUCCUGUUUGGUGCUAUUCUUAAAAAGAAUACAAAUAAAAAACUCGUUCUCGCUGCGGCUCUCUCCGUCGCUCAAAUAAGUAUCGGUAUGCACAAAUUUUUCUUUCAGUUUAUAAAAAGAUAGUUAUAUUUCUUGUCGGUAUUUUUUGUUGUUUUCGCCCUCACGCUCGUAGCUUUUACUCGGCAACUCAAAACAGCCGCCGAGCCAGGAAAAAAUUUUGAUAAUGCCCAGUCAUUACAAGAAAAUCUUGCCCGCUCAACAGCCUAUCAGAGCGCGCGUACUAUUGUACGUAGCCAUAUAAAGAAAGUGGAAUAAUUCAGGGUUGUUGGACUAACCACCUGUUCAUUUUGCUCUUUUUUCAGUUGGAUAAUUCCAACAGGGCAAAGUUGACAGACAUGGGCCUCUGCAAGCCAGAAGGUCUCGCUUCUAACUCGCUUGUAGGGACACCUAUAAAUAUGGCACCAGAGAUGAUCAAACAACAGUACGACAAAACCGUCGACGUUUAUGCGUUCGGCAUGUUGUUAUGGAGGGUGUGCGAGGGGAAAGGCAACCAACCGAAAAACGUGCACAAACAUAGUAUUCCUUGGGUGAUGCUCAUGUUAAACGCCGUCGACAACAAGACGCCGGAGAGGCUGGAUACUUUUCCUCAGAAUUGUUGGGAACUUAUGGAGCGUUGCUGGGCAAGUGAUCCCGAAAAACGUCCCUCGAUGGAUGCCGUUGUAAAAGACCUGGAAGAGAUCCUUCGAGAUCCGAAUUAAUGAUCUAACAACAGAUUCAGUCUUUGUGGAGUUUUAAUCCAUUUCUGAAUCUUCUCCAGGUAGACUACCAGCCACAAGUAGUGACUCCAAAACAAGGCCGGUUGUAUCAAGAUAGUUUAGCAUGUUUUAAUUACUUCGGCGGAGCGCGAAGUAAAGGUUUCGCGACGCUCAGGAAUGUAUCAAAGUUACAAUUUUUUGACAAGAUUGGGCAUGCAAAGUCUGUAGGUUUUCGGUUUUAUUCGGCUAUUUGACGAAGUGAGAGCCGAAUUAAUUCGAGAUAUCUCGAGAUCACUUCGAUUUCUUUGAUUUAUUCUUCUUUAACUUUUUCGAAGAAGAAAGAAUUAUUAUUUUGGCUCUCCCGGGGUUUGAACCGACUCAACUGUGUGACCCGUCAGAUCAGAGGAGACUCUAAGUUGAGGGAUUAGCCGAUUGCGCUACUGCGACCCAAGGUAGUUUGGCAUAUGAAAAAUAGUUAUGAAAUGAUGCACUAGUUUCGGGACAAGAUUGGGUGUGCAAGUUCGUGACUUUUCGGCUUGUUUCAACUAUUUCACGAAAUGAGACCGGACUACUUCGUGAUAUCUUGAGAUCACUUCGAGUUUAGUCUUUAAUUACUCGAGGAAUAAAUAGAGGAUAUUUCGUGGCCGCGCAGAGACACGAAAUUUCUCUUCGAGUGUUGAAAAACAUU